UUACGCCAAAUGGGUCGUCCUAUUCUCUCUCUCUCUCUCUCUCCUUGUAUCUAAGACCCAUUACUAUAAAAGAAGCCACACUUUCUCUCCUUGAUACCCACCCCCAUUAAUCUUCACACCCUCAACGCAACUUUUUCUCUUCUUUUUUUCCACCAGGACUCUUUUCCUUCUUGUUCUUGUUCUCUCUUGUUCUUGUCCAAUAUCUUCUUUGUUUAUGUGCUCUAAUGGACUAUAAGAACUUGCCAUGACUUUGCAUCUAACUCAAUCCGUUUGAUUUUGAGUUCCAAGUUGAACUAUAACUGUGCUUGGGAUAAAACUAAAGGCUUGAGCUUUCAGUUAAUUUCUUGUGGUGUCUCAGAAUCAAGAUGGAGAGGCUUAAUUUUGUAAAGAAUGGUGUGCUUAGAUUGCCUCCUGGGUUUCGCUUCCACCCCACGGAUGAAGAGCUGGUUCUUCAGUACUUGAAGCGCAAGGUGUUCUCUUGCCCCUUGCCUGCCUCUAUCAUCCCUGAGGUUGAAGUUUGCAAGGCUGACCCUUGGGAUUUGCCAGGUGAUUGUGAGCAAGAGAGGUACUUCUUCAGCACUAGGGAAGCCAAGUACCCCAAUGGGAGCAGAUCAAACAGAGCAACCGGUUCUGGGUAUUGGAAGGCAACUGGGUUAGACAAGCAAAUUGUGACUUCUAGGGGCAACCAAGUUGUGGGUAUGAAGAAAACUCUGGUUUUUUAUAGAGGAAAGCCUCCCCAUGGCACUAGGACUGAUUGGAUUAUGCAUGAAUAUCGCCUUGUUUUGGCUGAAAAUACAGGCCCCAAUGCCCCACGAGAAAAGAACUCAACCCAAUUGCAGAGCCCUGUGGUGCCAAUGGACAAUUGGGUCCUCUGCCGCAUAUUCUUGAAGAAAAGAGGUGGUAAAAAUGAGGAGGAGCAAGUUCAACAACCCUGCAAUGACCGAGUGAUUCGGAAACCCAAGACUGCCAGGCCUGUUUUCUACGAUUUCAUGACAAAAGACAGAGCGAAUUUGAGCCUUGCACCUAGUUCCUCCUCCUCAGGUUCCAGCGGAGUCACAGAGGUCGUUUCUAGUGAUCAAGUGGAUGAUCAUGAAGAAAGCAGUAGUUGCAAUAGUUUUCCUUACUUUAGAAGAAAACAGUAGCAAUUUAGUCAAGAAUCCCCUUAAAUUAGUCGUCUGUGUACCGGUAAUUAGGCUUCUGGUUGCUUUAUCAGAAUAACCAUCUAGGAAAUCCAAGUCUUGGGUCCUUUUAAGUUUAUAAUGCAGCAAAAGAUGUCCACAGAAGAAAAUCGGCAGUAACUUGUAGUCGGUAAUAUGAAGAGCAAUGUGUGUGAACAGAUGGUUUUAUCGCUAUGUAAUCAAAUCCCAAAUUUUCUAAUAUCUGAUGUUUCAUUUUAUUUCCAGUA